AUGAACUUGAAUGAACUGGUGGCUGACCCUAUUUUAAUACCAUUCGAUGAUACAUAUAUACUUUAUGAUCCUUCUGAUCCGAUAUCGUAUGUAUUGGUGUACUUUUCGUUGCUUCCAAUCGGUAUCUUAAUCUUCUACUUCUCGUGGUUCGUGGCGACCCGGGAGCUGGAAGCCGUGAUUAUCGCAGGCGGCCAAUUGAUCAACGAGAUUCUGAACAAUGUUCUUAAGAACAUCAUCAAAGAACAGCGUCCCGCGUCUUUUGGUGGCUCUUUUCAAAAAGAUACGCUGAGAUCUGCAUAUGGUAUGCCAAGUGCCCACUCGCAAUUCAUGGGCUUUUUCCUUGCGUACUGGUCGCUAAAACUGGUCCAGCAAUGGUCAGGAAUUGGCAGUAUACGCAAGGCCUUGAGUAUCUUGGCUGCCGUCUUGACCACGGCAAUGGUAGCAAUAUCACGAAUUUACUUAGGGUACCAUUCAGUGGCCCAAGUAAGUAUCGGAAUAGCCUUAGGUGGAUUGUUGGGAUCUUUGUAUUAUCUAGCGGUCGGUAUCGUGCGCUAUCUGGGAAUUGUGGAUUGGGUAAUGUCGUGGCCAAUAGUUCGGCGUUUGUGGGUCAAAGAUUCUUUCAAUUGUAGCUCAUUGAGUUUGAAGGAAGAGUUUGAAGCUUGGAACCUACGAAAAGUCUCUUCAAAGCAGAGAAAAGAAUCCUUGACUAAAAAAACCCUGUAG